GCCGGAGAUGUCGGCUCGGUCAUGUGAUCAGCUGUGUCCAAUCACAGCUGAUCACAUAGGGGCUGAUGAUCAGUGUGCCCUGAUGAUCAGUGUGGCCCCAGAAGUGCCACCUGUCAGUGUCCAUCAGUGCCAGCAGUCAGUGCUCAUUAGUGCCACGUGCCAGUGCCCAUCAGUGCCACAUCAAUGCCACAUAUCAGUGCAUACCAGUGCACAUCAAUGUCACAUAUCAGUGCCCAUCUGAGCUGCCUUUCAAUGUCACCCAUCAAUGCCAGUCAGUGCCACCUAUCAAUGCCAAUCAAUGCCACCUAUCAGUGCUGCCAAUCAGUGCCACCUAUCAGUGCCAGUCAGUGUCGCCUAUCAGUGCGCAUCAGUGCCGCCUAUCAGUGCCAGUCAGUGCCACCUAUCAG